ACCCCAACAAGAUCCGAAAAGAAGUGUGCCCGAAUUUCAUCACAACCUUGUCUCUUUUAUACCGAGAGAGGCGAUUAAAAUCGGGCGUAAUAGCUGAGGGUUGAAGCUGCUGAUUGAAGUUGAUUUAUCGUUGAAUCUGAUCCGUUAUCAUGGAUCUGAAUCCGCCUGCAGGAGAAAACUAUGCAAACCCAAGGAUAUGCUUCUUUCAUGUCCUCUUCAAGGCUGGAGCAUUGGCGUUUUACAUACUAUCAGCACUGUUUUUUGAUAGUUUUGUGAUAAUAUUUGUGGUGACUGUUCUUCUUUCUGCUCUUGAUUUUUGGGUGGUGAAAAAUGUGAGUGGUAGAAUCUUAGUUGGUUUGAGGUGGUGGAAUGAAAUUGAUGACAAUGGUGAAAGUGUCUGGAAAUUUGAAUGUCUUGAUCAAGAGUCAUUGGCUCGAAUGAACAAAAAGGAUUCAUGGCUGUUUUGGUGGACUCUUUACUUGACUGCGGUUGUAUGGAUAUUCUUUGGAAUAUUCUCUCUGAUAAGAUUCCAAGCUGAUUAUCUCCUUGUUGUUGGAGUUUGCUUGACACUCAGUGUUGCAAAUAUUGUGGGCUUUACAAAAUGUCGCAAAGAUGCAAAGAAGCAGAUUCAAGCAUUUGCCUCCCAGACAAUUGCGAACCGGUUCCAGUCUACGUUACAGUCUGCAUUUAGUGUGGUGUGAUUUUGAUUUUUAUAUUACAAAAAAGGAAAAAGAAAAAAGUUUGGUUUGUUAUUGUACUUGUUUUGAUAUACCGUAAAUGCCCCUCCAAUUAGUAUUCAUAUAAUUAGUUAAAACUCAAAUAUGUUCCUAAUUCCUCUACUUGUUUUGAAUCAUGCCAAGUUGAAACUCGUUAUCAAACUUUGAGCAAAACAAUACGACCAUUUUGUUAAUGGUAUAUAUAGUUGUUAUUGGA